UCCGACUGACCGCAAGUGCCGGCCAGAACCACUCUGGCCACGGAAAUAGACUCCUCGGGGAAUCGGGAGUCGGGAGCACGCAACUCCAAAUGGCUUUGUUGUGUACAAACAUAUAUAUAAAUGCAGCCGGCAAAAAAUAUGCAAGACUCACUACUCACUGAUACCAAAAUCAAUAAAUAUAAACCAUAAAGUUUAGAACGCAAAAGAGAGACAUACCACAUAGACAGCAAACUCGAAAUGGAUAUACCAGCCAGUGGAGCCAUAUUCACGCUGGGCAAAUCGCACCUGGCGGAGAACACCCAGAGCUAUUUCUACAUCAAGAACGAUCCCGUCAAGCGCCUGAUUUCCGGUCCCAACCAGAGCGCUGUCAUUUGUGAAUCUGGUCGACUAUUUGUUUGGGGCGAGAACCACUACGGGCAGCUCGGGAUUGGCGGUCAUGGAGGAGGCGGAGGAGCCACCGGCAAGAAGGGCGGCGGCGGCCACAACGGAGACAUCGUCACCAAGCCCACCUGCGUGAAGGCCUUGAAAACGCUGGGAUUAAAGAUUUGCGACGCCGCCUUCGGCAAUCACUGGGCCGUGAUGCUGACACAUUCCAACGAAAUAUUUUUCACGGGUCGCAACAUCUUUCCCGAGGACACCCAUGUGGCCCAGCACUUUACCAGCGCCCAAGUGGAUCAGCAGCCAUGCGCCAUUAUCCGGAAACCAUUUCGCCUGGAGGAGUUCGACGACUACCUCUCGAAGAGCGAAGAGACGGACAACUUCAUGGCAAUCCAGGCGGGAAAUGAACACUUUGCCGUGCUGACUAGUACUGGUCGGUUGAUAGGAUGCGGUUCGAAUGCCCAGCAGCAGCUGGGCGAACUGGAGGCGGACUACGACGGUCAUCCGGUGGAGAUUCGCCUGGAUGCUCCAGUGCAGCAGUUUGCCUGCGGACCAGAGUCCACGCUGGUGCUGACCGCAAGCGGGAACCUCUUUCUCACCGGCCACCUCAACGAGUUCGUCUUUCCGCGCUUCACCGAGCUGCAGAAGAACCUGCCGCCCACCGAGGCCAUCAUCUUCAUGCACAUAUCAAAGACCAGCGAGGUGUAUAUCGUGACCAAUGCGGGCAGCAUCUAUCGCAGUUUCGAGUCGGUGCGGAACAAGAGCCUGGUCUUCCAGCGCUUCUACGACUACGACAGCGAGGAGAACGGACCCAUCUGGAAGCUCCUCAAGGGUUUCUCCUUCUACGCGGUCCUCAGCAAGGCCAACAAGUUCUUCACUACCUUCUCGGAGAGCGGCCAUCAUCUGAAGACCUUUCGCGAGAUCUCCAAGUUCAAGAACCUCCGGCUGCUGGACAUCGCGGUGGGGGAUCAGCACGUCCUGGUGCAGGGCAUCCCGCGCUCCUCGAUGUCGUCGGCUUCUGUAAGUGGCUCAGCUGAGCCGCAUCGCUAUAUGAGCCGCAGUUUCGUGCUGCAGCCGACGGAUGCAAAUGGAAACGGAGAGCAAGGAGUCAGGAGUCACAGCGGCAGAAGUCUCACCAAGCAAGAAGGCGUGGAGGAGACUGAGGAACGAUCAAUGGCGGCCACUGUGGGAGGAUUGGCAGCUGCGGCAGGUGCUGGAACAGUCGCGGCCAUGGAGGCAGUGAAGCAUUUAACCAGUGGGGAGAAACCAGACGAGACAGAUGAACCCAAGGAUGUGAAUGCAAAUACAGAAAGCGCCGAGUCUAGGCCUGAAGAACAUAAAGAGGUAAAUGGCAACGAAGAAAAUGAUCCACCUCCAAGCAGUGUCUCAAAGAAGGAACCAAAUCAAAUGGCCGAUCAAGUUGCAAAAACGCCUAAAGAUGUAGAUCAAAGCACGAAAGAUCAGCGGGAAAUUGAGAAUCACCCAAACACAUCACCCCCAAGUGAUGUUAUGAAAACAACGGAUGAGUACAAAGAGAUGGAACCCACGGCACCUGUCGAAUCCCCCAUAAAACCAGCGGAAUCCAAGGAAUCACCAGUAAAACCCAUGGAGUCCAAUGUGAAACCACCAGAUCUACCAGAAGAAACCAAGGAAUCUCCAAAGAAAUCUAUGGAGUCCCCAAUCAAACCCAUGGAGUCAAUGCAGAACCUACCCACACCUCCUUCUCACACACCCACACCGCCCAAAUCCCCCACAGAAUCACUAAGAUCCGAAAAAUCGAUUCACUCUUUGCAAUCAUUUAAUCCGCAGCAGAAAAUGCCAGGCAGCCAGGAGAAGCUCUUGCGUCCCCGUACUCCUUACCCUGAGAGCAGUGACUCCGGCACACCGCAAACGAUAAAGAAGACUCCCAUACGGAACUUUUCCUACGAGGCGGCUAUGGAUCAUGAUCACCUCGAAAGGACCUCCCCCGAAUUGGUGUCUAGUCUGGAGACGGUUGCGGAGGUGCCUCCUGCCACAAUCCAGGUGAGCACGCCCACGCCCCCCACGGAGGAGGACGAGCAGUUGGCCGUGGAGAUAACCACGACAAACGACUCGAAGGACAGCAGCAAAGUGAUCAACGAAAUACGCUUUAUUAACAAUGGCGUGGAUGUGACGGCCAAGGUGGAGGAACAAAUGCCGGACACCCCGCUGGAGAGCUCUGUGGAGGAGCUGGAAUCGGAUGGAGAGCAAAUGCUACAGCAUGUGGAGGAGCAGGUGGACAAAAUCGUGACGAAUACCGAAGAGGCGGUGGCCAAAGCCGGAGGAGAAGCGAUCGAGUCCAUGGACUCAACACGAAACUCCAUACAAACGGCGGUGAGAAAUGCAGCAAAUGGAGCACGUGAUGCCAUGGAAGCAGCCGGCGAGCGAAUGGCCACCGGAGCUCGAGGAGCAGUGGAUGCCGUUGGCGGUGCAGUAGGGGCGGCGGGAAAAGGUGCCCAGCGUAUGGCUAGCGAUGCCAUGCACGCAGUGGAGCAGGCGGGCAGCAAUGCGGUGAAAGCAGCCUCCGAAACAAAGGAUUCAAUGGGCAGGGCCAUGGACUCUGUGACCAGCAAGAUCUCCAGUGAAGUGCAGGGCGCCAAGGAGAAUAUCUCGUCGUUGUUUCAAAUAAAAGCGGCCAGGGAAGCGGAUCCGCAAACCACGCCAGUGUCGACACCUAACGGGGAGGACGACUUGUCCUCCAAGGAGGGGGCACCCAAAACGACCACCACUUUGGGUUCCAACGAAGAGGAUGAGCGAACAACGGCCUCGGUGAACUCCAACCACAAUUCUGCGGGACAUGGCAAUGGCAAUGGGAAUAUUUUCGAGCCCAGCAGCAAUCCCUUUGAAGAUCCGCUGGACGCGGUGGUGGAGCGCAGCAAGAAGGCCAUGCAGGAGGACAUCCGGGCCAUGCAACUGCGUGCCAAUUCCCAUGUCCAGGCGGUGGCCCAGCAGAAGGAGGAGGACGCCAAGGGAUUCAUGCAGCAGGUGAUAGACAGGCUCUCGUGCCGCAACGAAAAGGCGGUCAGGAUUGAAGAUGAAGUGCGUCCGCCGGCUGCAGGAAUUCACGGCAAGAACACAAACAAGGUGAACAGCGAGCUGAGUUUAACCAAUGGUCAGGCGCAUGGCGAUCAAGCGCAGGCGUCGCGGGUCUGCACGAUUUUAUAA